ACUUCCACAACAUAUAUAAGCAACAGCUUCUUAAAUCGACAACCAUAUAUAAACGCGCCUACUUCAGGGCGGGCAAUGGUGACCAAUAACAAAACACUAUCUACGACGCACAAGCGCUUGGUCCUCCGAACUUCAAUGAAACUCAGAGGGAAAAAUAAACAAAACAACGGUGAUAAGUACAUCUUAUGGUAGCCGGUAUGCACAGAUGAUGAGACAGGAAACAUCAAGAACUAUAACCCACAAAAGGCAACAAAAAAACAAAUAUCAAAUGGUUUGAUGCAAGUCGCACGAGAAUAUUACGGGUACAUCCAAAGAAUAUGGAUUAUUGAGCUCUAGAAACUGCUAACAUUGAAUAACCUUGCAUACGCCAAUACAAUUUUAAUGCAUUCACACGCAUGGGAUUCAAAGGCGCAUUUACAGCGCUGACAUACCAAGGGUUAACGAAAAAACAACCGUUCAACGAUUUCGAACCAUCUCACUAAGAGUACUCAUGGUACUGGUGGAAUGUUGGAUGGUAUAAGUAAAGCAAGACGUGGCUACCGCCAAAUCCUAUAAUCCAAAAGUCUGGACAUCUUUAAAGAAACAGUCAGCAGAACAAAUCGACGAAUUAUUAUACACCCUGCUAAGUAUAUAUGUCCUUUCAAAAAAGAAGAAAACAGGAGGAAUUUAUCACAAUAUAUGCAACAACUCUCUGAGGCAUGCUAAGUAUUUUUCAAUCAAUUGCUGAUACUACAACAACGGGAAAUUGGUGGCUGGAUAUUAUCUCUAUUCAUAUUGGGUAACGUUGCAUUGAUACAAAAUGUCGCUAGUUAACAUUCCUCGCUACUGCGAGGAUCCCAACUACAGGUACAAAAUGCCUAAGUUGCAAUCAAAAAUAGAAGGAAGGGGUAAUGGUAUUAAAACAAACAUUUCAAACAUGGGAGAUAUUGCAAGAGCUUUGAAACGACCACCAACAUACGCAACCAAAUUCUUUGGUUGUGAACUUGGUGCAAUGUCAAAGUUCGAAGAGUCAGAGGAAAAGGCGUUAAUUAACGGGGCCCAUACAGAAAGAGCAUUGACACAAAUAUUGGACAAAUUUAUUGAAAUGUAUGUACUCUGCGCAGAAUGCCACCUGCCGGAAAUUGAAGUAUUAGUCAAAAGAGGAGCACUGUGCUCAAGAUGCAAUGCCUGUGGUUACAAGGGGGUACUGGACAACACGCAUAAAGCAGCAGGAUAUAUGCUUAAAAACCCAGCGUGCCUCACGGAAAUGUCGAAGCAUUCAAAUAGAACUAAAAAAGAGAGCACGAAAGAUGGAAAUACGGAAAAGGAUAAGGACAAGGAAAAAGAAAAGAAGAAGAAAGAUAAAAAGGAAAAGAAAAAACGCAUUUCAGAUGACGGACAGGAACUGAUUAACGGCGGUGAUGGAGCUACACAGACAAUGGAAAUGGAAAAACUUACAAUCGAAAGCCCGGAAAUACAAGAUGCUAUCGAAAGAAUCACAUCAUCACUCAAGGGAGGGAAGUUCCAACAACCCGCCGAGUUCGCAGAAGAAUUACAUAUGCUGCAGCUCUCACAAGAUUUCGAUAACAUAUGCAAAGUAUAUGUCGCACUGUGCGCUAUAUUCAGCGAUAAGUUCGACGUACAAGAACUAGAAGAUAAAAUCAACCUACUCAUCCCACUAUUAGAAUAUGGCGUACAACCCAAGGAUGUGCUCACGUCAAUGGCAGUAUUUGUGGUCAAACUCUACCCACAACAACUGGAUGAUUACCCGUACAUAUGCCGCGCACUCUAUGCAAGUGACCUCGCUGACGGAGGCGAUAUCUGCCGUUUCUACGCUAAAAGCACACGAUUCGAUGGAUCACUGGCCGAAGCAUACAUACGCACCAAGGAAAAGGCCGAGCCUUUCGUCGCAUGGCUACAAGAGGAUGACGGCGACGACGAUGAAGAUUCAGAAGAAUAAGCGUAAUACACCCGUAAAGUUCGAAACACAUUAAAGAUACAAUUCAUCUAAUGUACCCUUGCCAUCC